UGGUACGUCACUGACGAUGACACGGAAUGCCUUGCCAGAUGUUCUCUCGAUCUUCGAAAUCGUGCAGCACGAUGGAAGCCGUCUGCAAUGUAUUGAUCCGUAAGUUUUCUAUAGAAAUAUUACGAUAGUAAAUAGCACGUGAUUCAGAAGUGAAAAGCAAAAGAAAUUCUGCUGGUUCAUCUGCAUUAAUACGUCGAAUUCUAUUAUCCACUAGCUGGGAUAAAAAUUCUGUUUCGAACAAGUUCACAGCGUUCUAUACGUCGAUGUUUGUGAGAAACAAGCAGUCGAAGAGUUUAUCGACGUCGUUGCUGGUAGCAGAAAGUGCGAGGUAUCUGUCAGUGGUGCCUUUUGUGUCGUUUGGCUUCACAGGCGUGGUAGUAAGUUUUUUUGUCAAUAAAUGGCGAAAUGACGUUGGGGACACACCCAUUCAGGAUUGGGGCUCGCCGAUUUCAGUCCCACUUUUUCUAGUUUCGUUCACAAGUUGCAUCCAAGCGAGCUGUUCUGCUGGUCUCAAGUUCUCGUCGACGUCGUGUCCACAUACUCCACGUAUCAGGACUGGUCAUGGGUAACAAGGUGGCCACGUUCUCCGAGCAACAACUCGAGGAUUAUCAGGAUACGACCUUUUUUAGCCGAAAGGAGAUUUUGAGAGUGCACCGCCGCUUCCGGGAGUUGCAGCCGGAAUUGGUGCCGCGAACCAUGUCGAUGGAAGCCACCCGGGAUCUGCGAUUGCCAAAGAGUUUGAUCAACACAUUACCCGAGUUAAAGGAAAAUCCAUUUCGGGAUAGGAUCCUGAAAGUAUUCUCGAGCAACGGAUCGGGCGACUUGUCAUUCGAUGAUUUUCUCGACUUGCUUUCCGUCUUCAGCGAACACGCACCCAGAGAGCUCAAACUCCAUUAUGCCUUCCGGAUUUACGAUAUGGAUGGCGAUGGGGUGAUCGGGCCGAGUGAUCUGAAGGCGGUGAUUGGUCGGCUGUGCCAGCACGAACGCGGUCUGACACCCGCCGAAAUAGAUGCCGUCGUCGAGCAAAUUCUGGAUGAAGCGGAUGUUGACUGCGAUGGCCACCUAACUGCUAUGGAAUUCAGUCACGUGGUGGCGCGGGCGCCUGACUUCGUCCAAACAUUCCACAUUCGUAUAUAAUUUAUUGCGUCAUCAUCACUCAGCGGUCCAUCUCGGAUUCCAUUUGCAAAUGAAUCCGGAUCUCGUAUUUUUUUUUUUACUGUCGCAAAUUUUUUUUUUCUCCCAGUUCAAGUUUGCCAUGUUUCUUGUUUUUUUAAUGUUUCAGCUUCGGCUGCAAAAUCUUUUGUAAAAUUUCUCGAAAUUUAUGCACCGUUUCUUGUUUCCAAAAAUUCCAAACGUUAUUUUAGCUACAUUCUUUUUGAAAUGGUCUUGUGAAACCAGGCACCGAAAUUGACGAAGACAUUAUCAUCACAUUUUAUGGAAAAUAGACCCAGAAAUUUUUAUUGUUAGAUUCGUCCGUUUCUUUUUUUUUUUUCUCAUUCUCGAGAAUGACGUCGUGCAGUAUUUCCAUCUCUCUUUCUUUUCUCUUACCGCAAAUUUGAAAUACACUUUUCUUUUCCUGUC